AUGGAGAAUCGUUUAGCAGCUACCCUCACAAAUGGAAUUAAGCGAUUCAAACAUUAUGAAGAUGAACUAAACAACUUUAUCGUGAAACCAGAUGACGUCUGGGUCGCAUCCUAUCCUAAAAGUGGCACAACGUGGUGACAAGAGAUGGUGUGGCUGAUAUGUAACAAUUUUAAUUAUGAUAUGGCGAGGUCGCAUUCUUUGCGAACACGAUUUCCAUUCUUGGACGUUAGUUUGAUACACGAUUUACCUGACGGAAAAAGUUCGUUUGAGACUGUGAAAAAUAUAUCUUCGCCAAGGUUCAUCAAAACCCACUUGCCAGUGUCGUUGUUACCAAAACACUAUUGGAGUGUUCUUCCAAAAACAAUUUAUAUACAUAGAAAUGUGAAAUCUGUGGCUGUAUCAUACUAUCAUCACUCGAAAAAUUAUUUCUAUCGUGGAACUAAGGAACAAUUUGUUAGAUCAUUUAUGAAAAACCUGCAGUUUUAUUCUCCAAUCCAUAAACAUGUAAUCGGUUAUCAUUCCCUCACAGGUCUCGACAACAUUUUAUAUUUAAAGUAUGAAGAUAUGAAACAGGAUCUUAAAACGGAAUUGAAUAAAGUUUGUUCAUUUUUUGGCAUUACUUGUGAUGAUGAUCAGAUGGAUUUGUUAUGCAAACAUUUAUCAUUUGAUUCAAUGAAAGAUAAUGUAGCAUGCAAUUAUGAAGACGAAAACGAUGCAACAUGGAAAACUAAAGAUCCAGAUGAAAGAUUCAUACGCAGAGGAGAGGUUGAUAGUUGGAAAACUGAAUUGAGUUCUAAACUAUGUCAAGAUUUAGACGACUGGAAUGAAGAAUUCACUACUGAAAUGAGCAAACACUUGAAAGAAUAAUUUCUGUUAUGUUCAUUUUAUAAUCAUAUUUAUUCAUAAUCACUGGUACAAUGGGUUGUGCAGGACUAGAGUCCUAUGUUAUAUUAUUUUACAAAUAAGAGCUGGGCUAAUAAUACUAUAAGUGUGAAAAGUUUGAUGGUAACAUUUAUUUGAUAAAUUGACUGUUCAUGUGAUAUUGCAAACUUAACUAUAUUGCACAUGAUAUUUUUAUAUUGGUGGUGGACCAUUUGGAUAGCGAAGCAUUGGCUCAAGGCUCCUUGCAAAGUUGUUGGUAAACGAACAUGAAUAAUCUUCACCAUGAGGCAUUAGCGUAGCAACCCC